UGCGACAAUGCUUUAGAUUUCUUCAAAAGCUCAUAUUUUUCAACAUUUUGGCAAUUUUCCAAAACUUUUACCGAAAAUUAUGAAAAAAAAAAAUCUUUUUGGACUGUUUUAUUAUGAUAUUUGGCCGUUUUGGAUUGUAAUAUUAAGUGUAUUUAGACAAAAUCCCCACUAGUGCUACUCCACCUUCAAACAUUGCGGAACAAGUUUCUUGAAAAAACUAAUUUUUUCCAUUUCCGAGUUUUUUUUCAAACUUUCUUCUAAAAAAACAAAAAAAAAGUUUGCACGAUUGAACACUUGAAAUUAGAUGAAAAUUCCAUUGAAAAAUAAAAGAACAAGUGCACUCUGCUUAACUUCUUCGGGAGUUUCGGGAGUCAAAGCUCGCCAACGUCGUCAAAUGGUGAUGCGUGCUUUUAUACUAUCAAAAAAAUACAAAUCAAUUUAAAAAACAAGAAGAAAAUUGUAAGGAAUACAUAUUUCUUCAAUUUCUUUUUCAGGUUUCCCGAAAUUCAUCAAUCCUGGCAACAUCAGACGGAUCGGAGCGAGUCGUGAUGCGAACAGAGGAGGAUAUUAAUUUUCUGAUUGUUUUAUCUAUUCAGCAAUAAAAGUUCAAUAUUCAAUAAUUUUUGAAGCUAUUUCUAUUUUUUACAAACCCGAAUUACAGCUUAUAAAGGUUCGCCACGGGCGAGUGGAGCGCACUCUCCAUUCGCUACGCUUCGUGCACACCCAUGUAUUGUUCGCGAAGUGUGUGCAGCAGAGGAGUGAGACAUGUGCAGUUUGCGAACGUUCGCGACUCGCGUGUGGCGGGUGUGUGCGCGAACAGUUUCAGGGCUGCCGCACGCAAACCGCGAAUCACCUGUGGAGAAGUCAUACGUUGAUGCCAAUGGAGUAUCUCUACAACUUCGAUCGAUUUGAGCUUCAUCUAAUCAGAUUUAAUCCGGAAGAUGCAAUUAAGGUUAGAGAUGUUAUCUGCAAAUCUCCAACAUUCGAAUUUGGAUAUUUCCCGGCCAUCGAUUUUUUCUUCCCUGAAGAGGUCGCGAGAGUCUUCCAGCCAGACUACGAAGGUGGUUCAGAAGGAUCAAUCCGUUACCGAAAUUCCACUGCCGAUUUUCUCAUCAGUUUUGAGGAAGAAGAGUUCAAGAUUGAGAAAGUAUCUCAAAACUAACUAAUAUUUUAUAAUAAUGGGACUUUUCGUGCAUUUUGUGUUUUAUUUCAAAACUGUUAUCUAUAAAAAUUUAUUUAC